AUGAUGGACGAACACGACUUCUUUAGGCAGACAGUUCAACAUCUUGCCAGAUGUUUGUCCUGUUUGAACCCAACACCAUGGGAAAAGGUGAAUACAUUAUUUAUGUUGUGCCCACAAGUGAGCUCCUCCCUGUCUGUCACCUCACGCAGUCAAGAAGCAAUUAUUGCCUUGGGUUUAUAUUUUCUACAGAGUAGGCUGCAACAUCAUGAUAAAUUGCUCCCAUACUUUCUGAAAGUGUUGAAAUGCCUUUCCAAUGCGGAGUUUGAGGAACCCUUAUACAGAAUUAAGUCUGUUGAUCGUAUACCAAUGGCGGAAAAAUUUAGUUUCUGCCUUAACACAUUGCUUUCUGAUGUUGCCUCAAAACAGCCCUCACUACGCGAGGAGAUUAUCACAGCGCAGAUAGAGUUAAUGUCUAACCUAACAAAGAUCAUUAUCAGUUGUUAUGAAAGCAAAGAUUAUAAAGAUACAAUAUCGAAAUUACAACUCUGCAAAAGUACCAUACCAAUAUUGAUCGGCUUGGCGCGUUCUAUGGGGCGAUAUGCGACAGUUGAUCCUCCAUUACUUUGCCGCCUGUUUCCUCAGCCGCCAAGUCCAGUGAAAACCAAAGAACCUGAACCCACUUUCGAGUAUUCCACAUUGGACAAGAAGAGGAAGUUUAACCAGUUUCGUCCAAUUAUACCACGCUCCCUAUCAGGGAAUUUAAAUCCAAAUAAUGAGAAUAUGGAGAAUGGUACUGACGCAACCGACAGCUCAGGUGGUACACUGAAGAGAUCGUCUCUUCAUAGUUAUAGCUCCGUGCCAUAUGACCCUACGACGUAUUUCUUCCACAAGUUUGGAUCGAGUUUCAAUCAAUUUCCAUAUAUGCGGUUUUCUGAAUCUCCAGAAAAGAGAAUUAAUGUUCAAUUCUAUGUCACAUACCUGCAGUGUAUUUUGUCUUUGGCGAAGAAACUGCUGACCAAAGAUCUCUUGGCGUUUUUAGAUGAAGAGGCUGAAGAUAUUUACGCAUCGGCACAAAUUCAGGUGUUCCCGUACAAAUCUUUUUCAGAAACGCUUAAUUUGGUAAUGGUUACUUUGCUGCGGGAAAUAUUACAACAUCAAAAAGACCUACCAGGUCCAUUUACGAAAGAUGUUCAGGAGUUCGUGAAGUGUUUAUUCCUCAGUGGUCAGACCGAAUUGCAAAGUCGUCAUCACGACGCCUCUGAGAAGGAAGAUAGGGAGAGCAAUUUCGCUACAGUGAACAAGUUUAAAGUAAAUGUUAUGGCUAACUCGGCUUGCGUCGACUUGUUAGUUUGGGCUAUUGGUGAUGAAACAGGUGCCGACUCUUUAUGCGGACGCUUAACUGAGAAGAUUAACUCCAAUCAUAACCAUAAAUUGAUAUUAGCUCAUAUGCCGUUACUGAUGGUGUGUCUGGAAGGCCUUGGAAAGUUGGCGACAAAGUUCCCUUCGAUAGCAAACACCUCUAUAUAUUGUCUGAGGGACUUUCUGGUUACUCCUUCGCCCAUACUGUUUAAGUUACACAAACUGGAAAUGGAGAGAACGGGAAAGGAACAUAUGAAAGUCACGUUACAAGGCAAAGAAUUACAAGGCAUGACAUCUACCGGUGUUCCAGUAAAGUCUACGCCAUUCGAGAAGCUUCGAGACGCGGCGAUAGAAAACCUUUGUGUGGCUUUAGAGGCGGCGUUGACUAUGGACCCGUACUGUGUGCCAGCCCUCGUCGGUUCUGUUAGCAAUCGCCUGUUUACCGCUGAAACCAGUGACAGCGAAUCGUCUCUAAUAAGUACAAAUAUAGUAAUUAUGUUGGGUCACGUCGCUGUAGCGUUGAAAGAUACACCAAAGACGACAGACACUAUACUACAGUUCUUCCAACAAAGAUUAUGUCGAGCCCCGUCGUCUUUAGAUACGCUGAUUGUAGAUCAGUUAGGAUGUAUGGCUCUCGCAAGUCCCGAAGGAUCGGCGCAUGACGAGAUCAUGCGGAUGUUCACCGUUAUCACUGUAGAGGCAGCUAGUGCCGCUUAUCAUCACACUGAUGAUAGAAAGCAGUAUAGGCACGUAUCGGGCGCUGUGCUGAACGCGCUCGCGAACAUCGCGGCGAACGUUCGCGGCACGAGUGCUCGCCUGGAGCUGCUUACGCGGCUGUUGGAGCUGUUCGUGCAACUGGGGCUGGGCGGCGAGCGCGCCACCGACCGCUCGCCGGCGCCCGUGCUCAAGGCCUCCUCCAGCGCGGGCAACCUCGGCGUGCUCAUACCUGUCAUCGCGGUUCUUGUCAAAAGAUUACCUCCCAUAAAGAAUCCUAAACCAAGACUACACAAACUGUUCAAAGAUUUUUGGCUUUAUUGUGUAGUAAUGGGCUUUACAGCCGCUGAAUCAGACGUACUUAAACAUCUUGUUGUCUCUUCUUCUAUGGCCACGCCUGUAGCCAUUCGAAAGCGUUUAUGGCCACAGGAGUGGUAUGCGGGUGUGAAAGAGAUAGCUGUCAAGUCACCUUUCCUUGUCUCACAAACGUCAUUACGGUCUGAAAUGAGGGAGCUUCAGUAUACUUCAGCUGUAAGAAACGAUUCGGUAUCGCUCACAGAGUUGCAAGAGCUGAAGACACAGAUACUCAAUCUGCUGGAUCAUCCGCCAGAUGUCACUGUCAUUGUUAAUAAGUUAACAUUUGCCCCCUGUAUGUACUUGCUGAGCGUUUAUUGGUUGGAAACUUUGAGGGUGUGCAACUCUUCGGAGCCAAGCUUGCAGCCGAUUAUAGAGUAUUUAAGUGAUACAGCCCUUCAAAAAGACAAAAGCGGCAUGUGGCAAUGCGUGGCAAGCGUUGGCGAUAAAGUAUUCCAGAAGUUUCUGGACGUAAUGUCAGCCAAAGUGAAGGAUGAAUCGAGAGAGCGCGAGCUCGAGGGCCACGCUCAGUUUCUUCUAGUCAACUUCAAUCACAUCCACAAACAAAUCCGACGCGUUGCAGACAAAUGGCUGGCGGGAUUGGUCGAUCGAUUCCCGCAUCUGUUAUGGAAUUGUCGGGUACUAUGGUCAAUGUUGGACAUACUUCAAGUACUGAGUUUUAGCUUGGAGCUCGACGCUAACCAAGAAACGCCGCUUCUUAAAGUGCCUGGUACUGACUUCACCCUCCAGCUUCAGGAUACAUUGGAAGGACGAGAGGGCAUUGUAAAAGAUUUUGCGGAUCGCUGUCAUGGAAUAGUCCAAGAGGCAAUGAAGUGGGCGCCACAGUCCACUCGGUCACAUCUCCAAGAAUAUCUGAAUCAGGUGCCGAACUCGACGCUGUGGCACCACUGCGGGCUGGCGCUGGCGACGGGCGCGCUGCUGGGCGCGGCGGGACUCAACCGCAUGUCGGCGCCGCUGCCGCGCGCCGCGCUCGACAAGCGCCCGCCCUGCGUCACGCACGACUCGGCCGCGCUGCUCGCCGUCGUCUCGCAGCGCAGCCGCUUCGCCGGGGAGGUGACGGGUGCGGUGAACGCGGAGGGCGGGGGCGAGGCGGCCAUCUGGCGAGUGGGCGCGAAAUUGCACGCGGCGCUGCGGGAGGCGUGCGCGAGCGGGAGCGAGACGGCGCACCGCGCGGCGCUGUGGCGUGCGACCGCACUGCUCGUGCACGCGCGCCACCACACCACCGCGCACGUGCACACCGCACCCACUGCACGCGCGCUGCUGCACAGUGUCGGUGAGUACAAGCUGCACGCGGCGCUGCGCCGCGGGAGUGAGACGGCGCACCACGCGGCGCUGUGGCGCGCGACCGCACUCCUCGUGCACGCGCGCCACCACACCACCGCGCACGUGCACACCGCACCCACUGCACGCGCGCUGCUGCACAGUGUCGGUGAGUACAAGCUGCACGCGGCGCUGCGCCGCGGGAGUGAGACGGCGCUGCGGCGCGCGACCGCACUGCUCGUGCACGCGCGCCACCACACCACCGCGCACGUGCACACCGCGCCCACUGCACGCGCGCUGCUGCACAGUGUCGGUGAGUACAAGCUGCACGCGGCGCUGCGCCGCGGGAGUGAGACGGCGCUGCGGCGCGCGACCGCACUGCUCGUGCACGCGCGCCCCCACACCACCGCGCACGUGCACACCGCGCCCACUGCACGCGCGCUGCUGCACAGUGUCGGUAAGUACAAGCUGCACGCGGCGCUUCGCUGCGGGAGUGAGACGGCGCUGCGGCGCGCGACCGCACUGCUCGUGCACGCACGCCACCACACCACCGCGCACGUGCACACCGUGCCCACUGCACGCGCGCUGCUGCACAGUGUCGGUGAGUACAAGCUGCACGCGGCGCUGCGCCUCGGGAGUGAGGCGGCGUUGCGGCUCGCGACCGCACUGCUCGUGCACGCACGCCACCACACCACCGCGCACGUGCACACCGCGCCCACUGCACGCGCGCUGCUGCACAGUGUCGCCUGGUCUCAAGUGGAUAUAUUCACGGAGGAUGCGGUUACCACUGCCGUGGAAUGCUGGCAAUGGUUGACUACAGCGAGACCAGAUUUGGAACUGCGACUCCUGCAAGAGAUCUUCGCGGCUUGGCAAUGUACUGUCGACAGAAAAAUGGGAUUGUUCUCUAAGCAGCACGAGGAGACUAGUCCAUUAGCAGCAUAUGAAGGUUAUAAACUAGAGCCAAGGCCUCCGUUUGUGGCCCCUCACGCAGUUUGGGUUCGAUACCUGUGUGAAGUCGCUGACACCGCUAAAUACAACAGCUUGGAGAAGGUAGAAAUGCUGGCAAGCCUACUACACCGAUCAUUGCCGAUUACUGUUGGAGAUGUUAGGGAUCACAUCAACAGACAUGUUGAUGCAGCUGGCGUCCGAUUUAAGCUGUUAUCCUGCGGUCUCUCCCUGCUGCAAGGCGACAUACUGCCACGUUCACUGGCGCGCAACAUACUCCGCGAGCGCGUGUACAGCGUGUGCUUGGAUUACUUCUGCAGAGGGCUGCAGUGUCCUUCCAAAAGCGCCGGUGCCUUGAGGGAGGAUAUCAUGUCAUUGAUCAAAUUCUGGCAGCUGAUGCAUUCAGAUAAAAAAUAUUUGAAGAGCAGCGACAUUGGCGAAUUCGACAACCAUCCGAGCAGUCAACAGAGUAUCUACACUUCCAAUUCUCCAACUGACAACCGUUCCUCGAUGAACAGUAGCGACAUUGGUAAUCGUCAGACCACUGGUUGGAUCAAUACGGUACCAAUGUCAACAACAACGCUCAGCAGCGGAGCGGGAAGUAUAGCGGGCAAGCGUUCGAACCGCAGCGUCAAACCGCUCAUCAAGCCGCAGGACACGUUCGUCAAGGACUACGUCAGGAAGAGGAAUUUGAUUUUAGAAUUGAUGGCGGUGGAGAUCGAGCUGCUGGUGACGUGGCACAACCCGCACGCGCGGCCCGAGCUGGCGGGGGCGGGCGAGGACAACAUCGCCACGUGGCGCUCCAAGCCCAACACCGAGCGCACGUGGCGCGACUGCGCCAAGCACGCCUGGGACGUCAGCCCCGCGCUCGCCGUCUUCAUGCCGGAGAGGUUAAAAAAUGAAGCAAUAAUAAAAGAAAUCAGAAAGAAGGUACAGGCGCAGCCGACUGCAGUGUGCCACAUCCCGCAGGCGCUCAAGUAUUUAGUCACUACUGAGACGCUGCUCAACGACGCGCAUGAGCUAGUGCACAUCUUAACGUGGGCACGCGUAAGUCCAGUGGAGGCGUUAUCGUACUUCAGCCGGCAGUACCCGCCUCACCCGCUGUCCGCCCAGGCGGCUGUCACCACUUUGACUUCCUACCCUUCAUCCGCCGUGCUGCUUUACAUUCCACAGCUGGUUCAGGCUUUGCGUCACGAUACGAUGGGUUAUGUAUCAGAGUUGAUAAAAUCCUUAGCGAAGAAGUCACAGGUGGUCGCUCACCAGCUGAUAUGGAACAUGCACACCAACAUGUACACGGAUGAGGAAAUGCAUCAUAAGGAUCCUGUAUUAUACGAUAUACUCGAAAGCUUAACGAAGAGUAUUGUAGACUCGCUCUCUGGUCCAGCAAAAGCUUUCUAUGAGAGGGAGUUUGAUUUCUUCAGUCAAAUAACAAACAUCAGCGGAAUUAUCCGACCGUACCCGAAGGGACCCGAACGCAAGCGAGCUUGUUUGGAUGCGCUUAAAAAUGUUAAAGUGCAACCGGGAUGUUAUCUGCCAUCGAAUCCAGAUUCAAUGGUUAUAGACAUCGAUUACAAAAGCGGUACGCCUAUGCAGAGUGCGGCCAAAGCCCCCUACUUGGCCAGAUUCAGGGUACGAAAAUACGGCAUAGCUGAGAUGGAAGCCGUAGCCAUGGCUAUAGCUUCUGGAGAAGAUCCACCAACUGAAGAAGGUAAGGACCGAUACAUGUCGAUGGCGGCGGAGACGUGGCAGGCGGCCAUCUUUAAAGUGGGCGACGACGUGCGGCAGGAUAUGCUUGCGCUGCAGGUUAUAUCGCUGUUCAAGAAUAUCUUCCAGCAGGUCGGCCUCGACCUCUACCUGUUCCCGUACAAAGUCGUCGCCACUGCGCCUGGGUGUGGAGUUAUAGAAUGCGUUCCGAAUGCAAAGUCACGCGACCAAUUGGGCAGACAGACUGACAUCGGAAUGUACGAGUAUUUCAUCAAGAAGUAUGGCGAUGAGACGACUAGGGAAUUUCAGGCUGCGCGAAGAUGUUUCGUGACCUCAAUGGCGGCGUACAGCGUCGUUGGGUUCCUUCUGCAGAUAAAGGACAGGCACAACGGGAAUAUUAUGCUUGAUACGGACGGACACAUUAUACAUAUCGAUUUUGGUUUUAUGUUCGAGUCCUCGCCUGGUGGUAACUUAGGUUUUGAACCAGACAUCAAGUUGACUGACGAGAUGGUGAUGGUGAUGGGUGGUAAAAUGGAGGCGCCGCCUUUCCGCUGGUUCUGCGAGUUAUGUGUACAAGCCUUUUUAGCUGUUAGACCGUACCAAGAAGCAAUUAUCUCCAUGGUGUCGCUUAUGUUGGACACCGGCUUGCCAUGCUUCCGAGGUCAGACAAUUCGUCUCCUUCGCUCUCGUUUCGCGCCUAACUCGACGGAGAAGGAAGCAGCAGCGUACAUGCUCUCAGUCAUACGGAACUCUUUCCUAAACUUUAGAACUAGGACUUAUGAUAUGAUACAAUACUAUCAAAACCAAAUACCGUAUUAA